UAGUAAGAGCUUUAAAUUGUCCAGGCUGAGUAUAGCCUGCGGGAAAAACUGUUCUUGUGUCUGGCUGUUCUGGUGGUCAGUGCUCUGUAGGGCUGGCCAGAUGGCAAAAGUUCGAAGAGGGAGCAAGCUGGGUGAGUGGGGCCAUAAAUAAUUUUUUUGCCCAUUUUCUCUUUCUGGAGUCGUAGAGAUCUUUGAGGUUGGGCAGACGGGCACCAAUAAUUCUCUCAGCAGUCCUGAUUGUUUUUCAAAGUACUGUUUUCCUGACUCAUUUUCAAAGUAUCGCGCAGGUUACGCAUUGCUGAGGUCAUUGAAUCUGCCACGACGUCGCUUACGCCUGCGCAUGUACCGGCAGUGGUUGAUGUUCUCGAGUACUCCAUGGAAAGCUGUACGUCGUUUGUGUAAAAUCCGAACAUUCCGCAUGGAUUUAACUAUCUCCAGGGUGACUUUUGUAAGAAUCCGCUCUCCUGCUGUGUGUAGAUAUUACACACACGUGUGGUUUGAUCGAUUUAGGGAUAUUUGUUGUAAUUAAGAACGUAAAACCUACCUAAAACUGGGAAAAUAUAUGUUAGCCAGCUAACGCUGUCGGCGUGAAAAGUGACAGUGAAACUGCCCGAAAACAAGUGAAGGUAACGGUGUGAGGCUGGAUCGCCACAUCGCAUGAAAGAGAAGUCAUGGCACUGAAUUUAUGUCGUGUUAGUCUGGGGGUUGAGGGUAUGACCUGUGGCUCUUGUGUCCAGUCCAUUGAGGGACGAAUCGGGGGUCUGCCAGGUGUCAUUCAUAUACAGGUUUCCUUGGAGCUGAACAAUGCAACUGUCAUAUAUGAUCAAAAUUGCCACACUCCAGAAUCCUUAGCUGAGGCCAUUGAUGAUAUGGGCUUUGAGUCCAGUCUGACAGACACCGCACCAAUGGCAGUUCCAACAGAAACCAAGGUCUUCACUAAGGCUGGUUGCACCAUAGACUCUGUCCAGCAGGCUCUGAGCAAACUAGCCCAGAUGAAAGGGGCGGUUGUGACUGAGAUGAGUGCUGAUAACAACAGCCUGGCUGUCACGUUUAUCCCAUCUUUGGUCGAUGUGGAACAGCUAAGGGAGGCGAUGAGCUGUCUGGUUCCUGAUGGGAUUCGCAGCCCAGCGGCCGGUUUACUGGAAGGGUCUCCCUCAAGCAGCAACUGUAGGGUGGAACAAGUCAAAAUGCGCAUUGAGGGAAUGGUCUGUCUGUCCUGCACCACUACCAUUGAGGGCAAGAUUGGGAAGUUGAAAGGGGUCGAGAAGAUUAAAGUCUCUCUAGACUCCCAAGAAGCCACAGUUUUUUACCUGCCUUACAUCAUAAAAGUGGAGGAGAUUGUGGACCAGAUUGAAGUGACUGGUUUUAAGGCCAUUGUUAGGUCAAAACCUCGUCAAUUAAAGCUUUCUGCCAGCGAAGUGGAGCGCUUGCGCAAUGCUCCCAAAGAGACCGUCUCCUCGACGGAGGAGAAGCUUUCAGAGCUGAUCACGGACUCCACUAUCACUACACUGCUUCAGGUUACAGGAAUGCACUGCAACUCUUGCGUAGUAAAUAUUCAGGACAAUAUAUCUAAGCUGGCAGGAGUGAGUUCGGUGGUUGUGUCCUUGGAGAACAGACAAGCUUCGAUUCAACACAACCCAAAACAAGUUUCAACAGCAGAACUACAGAAGUCCAUUGAGUCUCUGCCUCCAGGAAAAUUUAAGGUUCAGUUUGUCACUCCACAGAACAUUUUACCGUCUCCAGAGCCAAGCUUCCUCCAGCCGCUGGUGUCGGUGGCAGAGGUUCACAUUGAGGGUAUGACCUGUGGAUCUUGCGUUCAGUCCAUCGAGGGUGUGUUGUCGCAGAAGAAAGGAGUCAGAUCAGCCCGAGUGUCAUUGGCCAAUCAUCAGGGAACCUUUGAGUAUGACCCUUUGGUGACUACACCCGAGGAACUGAGGGCCGCCAUUGAGGACAUGGGCUUUGAUGCUUCUCUGCCUGAGACGAAUUCAUUGGUGCCUUCAGUGGUCAAAAGCCCAGCGCAGUCAGCUCUGUCUGUCCGCAGUACGUCCAUAUCUCCAGUCUGGUCAGCUGCGAAAGAGAACGAAGUGGACAGUGAUGCUGAGGCUUCAACAAACAACAUUGCUAAAUGUUUUAUUCAGGUCGGAGGGAUGACUUGUGCCUCCUGCGUGGCCAACAUUGAGAGGAACCUGAAGAACGAGCAAGGGAUUCAUUCUGUUUUGGUAGCACUGAUGGCCAGUAAAGCUGAGGUUCGGUACAGUCCCUCCAUCACUGAUCCUCCGAGCAUAGCGGAAUGUAUCAGAGAGCUUGGUUUUACUGCCACAGUCAUGGAGGAUUACGAUGGCUCGGAUGGAGUCUUGGAGCUUGUGGUUAGAGGGAUGACAUGUGCCUCCUGUGUUCACAAAAUUGAGUCCAACUUGAUGAAACAGAAAGGUGUUGUCUAUGCUUCUGUUGCCCUGGCAACUAAUAAAGCACACAUCAAGUAUGACCCAGAGGUGACCGGGCCCCGAGAUGUAAUCCGAUGGAUUGAGAAUAUGGGAUUCGAGGCCUAUCUGGUGAAGAAAGAUCGCACAGGAAGUCACUUGGAUCACAGUCAAGAGAUUCAUCAGUGGAGAAGGUCGUUCCUCAUCAGUUUGUUUUUCUGCGUGCCUGUUAUGGGCAUGAUGACGUACAUGAUUAUAGUCGAUCACAAGAUCGAAACGUCCCAUGAACACAACGCCACAGCAGAGGACAGAGAAAAGUACCACUCCUCAAUGUUCCUGGAGAGACAGCUUUUGCCGGGCCUCUCCAUCAUGAAUCUGAUCUCCUUCCUUUUCUGUGUCCCUGUACAGUUUAUUGGUGGACGUUACUUCUAUGUUCAAGCCUACAAGGCUCUCAAGCACCGGACUGCCAAUAUGGAUGUGCUUAUAGUACUGGCCACCACCAUAGCCUUCACGUACUCAGUAGUGAUUCUUCUGGUUGCCAUGAUAGAGAAGGCAAAAGUAAAUCCCAUCACCUUCUUCGACACGCCGCCUAUGCUGUUUGUGUUCAUCUCGCUGGGCAGAUGGCUGGAGCAAAUUGCCAAGAGUAAGACCUCGGAGGCUCUGUCUAAGCUGAUGUCUUUACAAGCAACAGAGGCCACAAUUGUUACCCUGAAUGCUGAUAUGUCUCUGUUAAGUGAGGAGCAGGUGGAUGUGGAGCUGGUACAGAGGGGAGAUGUUGUGAAGGUUGUGCCUGGAGGGAAAUUUCCAGUAGAUGGUCGAGUUAUUGAAGGGCACUCCAUGGCAGACGAGUCUCUCAUUACGGGUGAAGCCAUGCCUGUGACGAAGAAGGUGGGUUGCACGGUCAUCGCAGGCUCUAUAAAUCAGAAUGGCUCUCUGCUGAUCAAAGCCACUCAUGUUGGCAUGGACACCACCCUCUCUCAGAUCGUCAAACUCGUAGAGGAAGCUCAGACCUCAAAGGCUCCCAUUCAGCAAUAUGCAGAUAAGAUCAGCGGCUACUUUGUUCCCUUCAUUGUCGUAAUCUCCUUCAUCACUCUGAUAGCCUGGAUCCUGAUCGGCUUUGUCGACUUUCCACUGGUGGAGAAAUAUUUCCCUGGUUAUGAUAAAAGCAUAUCUGAGACCGAGGCAGUGAUCCGCUUCGCCUUCCAGGCCUCAAUCACCGUGCUGUGUAUCGCCUGCCCUUGCUCACUGGGUCUCGCCACCCCGACAGCGGUGAUGGUGGGAACUGGAGUGGGGGCCCAGAAUGGAAUUCUUAUCAAGGGUGGAGAACCAUUAGAAAUGGCACACAAGAUCCAGACGGUGGUCUUCGAUAAAACUGGCACCAUCACGUAUGGAGCACCCAAAGUGGUCCAGGUGAAGAUGCUGGCGGAGGGGAAUCGGAUCCCACGCUCGAAAUUGCUGGCGAUCAUGGGCACAGCGGAGAAUAACAGCGAACAUCCGUUGGGGGCUGCGAUUACCAAAUACUGCAAACAGGAGUUGGGCACAGACUCUCUUGGCACCUGUACAGAUUUUCAAGCGGUGCCAGGUUGUGGGAUCAGGUGUUUGAUCUGUAACACAGAGAACUUGCUCAGGAGAGAAGACAGUGACAGUGAGACGAACCUGCAGGAUGCUCUGUUGAUCCAGAUCAGCGAUACAAGAAACCACACCGAUGAACACCCGCUCAUCGUGGACCCACAGCCACUCACUGUUGUCCAGUCGGCCUCAUACACGGUGCUGAUAGGGAACAGAGAGUGGAUGAAGAGAAACGCGCUUCAGGUGCAAGAAGAUGUAGAUGAAGCCAUGAUGGAACAUGAAAAAAGAGGACGCACCGCUGUACUGGUAGCUGUGGACGGUGAGCUUUGUGCGAUGGUGGCUAUAGCGGAUACAGUGAAGCCUGAAGCUGAGUUGGCCGUGCACACUCUGACAGCGAUGGGGAUAGAAGUUGUAUUAAUGACCGGGGACAACAGCAAAACAGCCAGAGCCAUCGCUGCUCAGGUGGGUAUCAGGAAGGUGUUUGCUGAAGUCUUGCCAUCACACAAGGUGGCGAAGGUGGAGCAACUCCAGCUAGCAGGAAAGCGUGUGGCCAUGGUGGGCGACGGAGUGAACGACUCUCCUGCGUUGGCUAUGGCAGAUGUCGGCAUCGCCAUUGGCACAGGCACUGAUGUAGCUAUCGAGGCUGCUGAUGUGGUGCUUAUUAGGAACGAUCUUCUUGAUGUUGUUGGGAGUAUUGAUCUUUCCAAGAAAACAGUAAAGAGAAUCAGAAUCAACUUUGUAUUUGCACUAAUCUAUAAUCUUGUGGGAAUUCCCAUCGCUGCAGGUGUGUUUAUGCCUGUUGGGUUGGUACUGCAACCAUGGAUGGGAUCUGCUGCUAUGGCUGCUUCCUCAGUCUCUGUGGUGGUCUCCUCCCUCAUGCUAAAAUGUUACACUAAACCCAGCGCUGAGGAACUGGAAAGGCGAAUGGGUCAGGCGAAACGACAAGGCAGCCUUUCAGAUGUCAGCGUUCAUAUCGGCAUGGGAGAGCUGCGUCGCCCUUCGCCCGAACUCAGCCUGCUCGACCGUUUGGUCAACUACAGCAGAGCCUCCAUCAACUCUCUGCGCUCAGACAAACACUCUCUCAACAGCAUGGUCUUCAGUGAACCGGCCAAGCACUCUCUGUUGGUGGGGGAUGAUCAUGAGAUGGUAUAGUCAUGAGCGUCAUGGGGUCCCACUUUACCUCAGUGCCUAUAGGGGGGCAACUACAUGGAAGUCCAAAAGUUGUUUCGCAAAUGUGUACAAGGUUGCCUUUUUUCUAUGUUGCUGCUUAGCUCGAGCAGCUUUGGUCGUCCCUUUGAAGUCUGUUUCUGUUAUAUUGAAAGAGGCUUUCUGAUUUUACUUUAAGUACUUUGAGAUCUACUUGGUGGCCAACUGAAUAUGACAAUCUUGUAGAGGAAAAUCAUAAGAUUGACCAAGAAAAGUGAAAUCAGUUUUAUUUUUGUGAUAAUUUACAAGUGAUUUGUUUUUUUAUCAUAAUAAUUUGACAAAUAUUUAUAGCAUCAUUUAUUUAUAUUGUAUAAACACACUUGUGACACGUAUAAGAAUGUGAUUUAUCAGUGAAAAAAUGAACUCUACUUUUCUAAUGCCGUUAUGGCUUCAUAUUUUGUAUGAGUACUGUGACACAGCACAUUCCAAAGAAAGCAGUUUGCUUGCUGUUUGUGCUCUUCAUUUAUAAUCCGCAAUGACGUAAGUUUUCAAUCAUACAAGAUGUUAAACCAUUAUAAGUCAAUAAGGUAUUCAGUAUAUCCAUUAUGUUGUUAAACUAUGUUGUUAAAAAUGAUUAGCUUUAUUUAAAUGUGCACUUGCUCAGCUUUUAAAUGUAUUUGUUUGUUUUGUUUCAAAAACACAGUGCUUUUGUGCAAACUGAGUCUGUACCUCACAGUUUAUGGCCGUUUGUAUCAGCGGUAUGUUUGUUUGUUAUUACUGGCCUUAAUAGAGAAAUAAGUAUUGAAUACGUCAUGGCAAAGCCUAAAUCAGGUUACUGAAAUGAAUUGCUGGGCUCAAUAACAUUCUGAGCUUUUGACAAAUGUUGCUUUUUCAUGUUGAGAAUUAAAUAUCUGCAACUUGUAAAAUAAA